CCCAGGCAGUGUAUCAGAUCCACUUUGCAGCCACGGAGCUCAAAGUUCCAAAAAGCAGUGGACCACAUCACUCACAUAUUAAGCUGCUGCUGCAACAACAACAACAACAAGAUGUUCUGCAGGAGGGUUUGGCAGAGACUCGGUCCAGGGGUCCUGAGGGUCUUCACACCAACAUUUAGCAAAGCUCCAGUGCGACAUAUGGCCUUAGGAGUUCCUGGGGGCUCCACCAACAUGACUUAUUUUGUUCUAUGUGGAGGAGGCCUGACUGCUGCAGUUGUCUAUGCCUACAAGACUGUCAAUGGUGAUAUUGAGCGGUAUGAGGACAGACUCGCCAACAUGGGCUCCACAGCAAAAGCUGAUGAAGAGGCUGCACCUGAAGUCAUCCCAGUCGAGCAGCAGGUGCUGGCUUCCGAAGCGGUCGCAGAGUCCAUCGCCGCUCCUGCAGAGGGCGCUGUUGAGCCUGUUGAUGAGAGCGAAGCACCUAAAGUAGACGCUGGUGAGGUCUCAGAGAUCAUCUCCACUGAGGAGGAGGAGGCCGCUGCAGAAGAGACUGUGGCUUUGGAGGAAGUAGUUGAAGAAACCCUCGUCACAGAUGAGGUGGAGACCCCGACAGAGGCCCCUUCAGCUGAGAGUGCGGAGGCUGUGCCAGAUCUUCGUACAGCUGUAACAAGUCUCGCUGGCUCUUCAGUUGAAAUUGCAGCAGCUUCUGUCGGGGAAUCCAGUUUGGUUAGAGCUGUCCGGCAGAUAGAAGAAGAUAGACCAGGCCUGGAGUCUGUGCUGGAAGUGUUAGAGCCUGUAGUCCUUGAGGGAACUAAAGAACACACCCAGGAGUCAGCUGUGGCCAUGAAGGAGGAAGAGCUGGUGCCUGCAGAAGGUCUUACUGGUGAAGAAAAGGCUGGUACAGAAGAUAAAGUGGCUGGAGAAGAGAUAGAGGAAGCUUCUUACCCAGCUGCUGAAGAAGAGGAAGUUGUACCUUUUUCGGAAGCAGUGGAGAACAUGGGACAGAAUUAUGCUGGGGAUCAGACUCUUGAAUAUGAUCCUAAGGAGAACAUCACCCAUGAAGACACAAAUAUCACUCCUGCAGAUCCGGUGGAUGAAGAUGAGAUGCCUGUGGAAGAGACUGCAGUAGAGGAGACAAUGGGUGCCUCUGAAGAAAAAGGUGUUCCAGAAACUGAGGUGCUUUCAGUCUCUGACCCAGUACCUACUCCAGAGUCUAACUGCCACAAUGAUCCCCCAGAAGAAGUGAUGCCUACUGCUGGUUUGCAGUCAGAAAACAUUGAGGAAGGUGAAAAUAAGACAAAUGAAAGCAGGGAGAAAGGUGAAGAUAAGACGACUGAAAGCAAGGAGGAAGGUGAAGAUAUGACGACUGAAAGCAUGGAAGAAGGUGAAGAUGAGACGACUGAAAACAGGGAGGAAGGUGAAGAUGAGAUGACUGAAAGCAAGGAGGAAGGUGAAGAUAAGACUGAAAGCAAGGAGGAAGGUGAAGAUACGAUGACUGAAAGCAGGGAGGAAGGUGAAGAUAAGACAACUGAAAGCAGAGAGGAAGGUGAAGAUAAGACGACUGAAAGCACGGAGGAAGGUGAAGAUAAGACAACUGAAAGCACGGAGGAAGGUGAAGAUAAGACGACUGAAAGCACGGAGGAAGGUGAAGAUAAGACAAAUGAAAGCAGGGAUGACGGUGAAGAUAAGACAAAUGAAAGCAGGGAUGAAGGUGAAGAUAAGACAAAUGAAAGCACGGAGGAAGGUGAAGAUAAGACGACUGAAAGCACGGAGGAAGGUGAAGAUAAGACAAAUGAAAGCAGGGAUGACGGUGAAGAUAAGACAAGUGAAAGCACGGAGGAAGGUGAAGAUAAGACUGAAACCUGGGAGGAAAGUGAAGAUAAGACCACUGAAACCAAGGAGGAAAGUGAAGAGAAGACUGAAACCGGGGAAGAAGGUGAAGAUAAUACUGACAACAGGGAGGAAAGGUGAAGAUAAGAUGACUGAAAGCAGACAGGAAGUCCUCUGUGGAAGUACAAUGUGAGAAAAUGCUUUUGUACAGUCAGUUUUGGAACACCUUCUUUUUUCCACCACUGAUUGUUUUUUUUUUACCAUGUUAACAAGUUAACUUGGUUUUACCACGUUUUGCAGUAAAGACAUUGGCUGUGUCUCAAAGGGACUACUUAUGUCAGUAGGCCUACAAUUUAAUAAGUACAGUAGAACCUCAACUUACCAGCAGAUUGCGUUUCACGACCAAGCUCGUAACUCAGAACACUCGUAUCUUAAAGCAGCCCUGCCUAUUAAAUUAAUUAAUUCAAAUCAAUUUGUUCUGAUUGCCGUCUUCCAGUCUCAUUAAAUCCAACAUGUAAUACAGUCGAAGUUACCAAAGAGGGAAGUUUGAUCAGUAAAGCUGAGAUAGCGAGUAAUGGCGUUGAAAAAGAUUAUAUUUAUUAUUAUGCUUGCUAACUCUCACAAUCAGUGUUGUAGUAGAGAAUAGUGCACGCUUUCCAGGCAAUGUGCAGGGAGAGUUAGACCCAGAACUGCUUCAAAGAUGCACAUUAAGGAGAGCUACAGGUUGAGGAGCAAGCCUCAGCUGGAGGAGGACAUUGGCUGGAAGGGUGUGGAAGCUGAACCGCUGCUAAAGGUUUGGUUUCCAAUGGUUGGAUAACCAAGUUAUUUCCAUCCCUAGCUUUAAGCUGGCAUUUUGAAAGAGAAGUGUGUUCGCAAUUUGUCGAGACACCUCGUAUCUCAAAAUACUCGUAAGUUAAGUCCUCGUAAGUUAAAGUACCACUGUAGUACUUUUAGUAAAUGUACUGCUGUCCCAAAUAUGUUACUGUCGUUGCCCACUUACUGAUCACAUUAAUUACCUUCUCCUCUACAUUCACUACUUUCCAUCAUUAUCAGUUAGUCAUCAGCCGCCAUUCCUUCAAAUUAGUCCCUUCCCUUCAACUAUGUAGCCAUGAGCUGUAUCUCAAUUGGAGGAGCACUUGCUUACUCACAUUUAGUCUUUUGAGUGCAUAAGUGUGUUGACACCGCCAAGUACCGUAUUGUCUGGACCAUAGGACGCACCGGAUUAUAAGGCGCACUGCCGAUGAGCGGGACAAUUCAGGUCUAUUUUCAUACAAAAGUUGCACCGGAUUAUAAGGCGCAUUAAAGGGGUCAUAUUAUGAUUUUUUUCUACAUUGAAAACAUUUCCUUGUGGUCUACAUAACAUGUGAUGGCGGUUCUUUGGUCAAAAUGUUGCAUAGAUUAUGUUUUACAGACCAUCUUCAAGUCACUUUCUGACAGUCGCUUCAGGAUGCGCUGGUCUUAUUUACGUGGCUCACCUUCGACAGCGUCUUCUCCCCAACAUCUUUGUUGUAGCGGUGUAGCGUGCAAAGACGGGAGUGGAAGAAGUGUCAAACGAUGGAGCUAACUGUUUUAAUCACAUUCAGACUUUACUUAAACCAAUAACGGAGCAGCAUAUUCUCAUCCGUGGCUCACUAGUGCAACAACAACGCCGGAAAUGUGUCCCGUGAAAAACCGUCCGUCCGGAACCCUCUAAUAACUAAAGUGCCGUGGGUGAAUUAUGUAAACCCACUACAGUUUUCAGCGCUUUGAUAGCUAGUUUACUGAAAGAUUUAAGUUAGAACUUUACACAACUUUAUAUCAGAAAUGGCAACAGCAGAAGAUGAAUGCCACAUAACAAGAAGGUAGAGAAAAAGAAUAAGCUUAUCAACUACGGUGUUGGCACUGACUACAAAGGCGGACGUGCGCACAUAUUCAGGACUUAUGCAGAUCCCAAAUACAGAUCAGCAGGUACCAGAAGGUAAAAAAAGUUGAUUUUGCAUAAUGUUGCGAAACAAAACGCCCGAUAAUGUCUGCUAAUAGGUGCCAUUUUUCGGUCCUUAUACACACACACCAUAAUAAUACUGGUAUGUUUACUGCACCAACAAUCCAUCAAGCGGUGCGGAUUCAUAGUUUACCAAAGUCGUGCUAAAACAUUUUGACAGAUUUUUGAGCGCCGUGUGUAAUGUUCUAUAUUCUUCAUGGAACAUUUAAAGUUUUGGCGUAUCUCUUAUGUGUGACUGCCAUCUACUGGUCACACUUAUCAUUACACCAUGUACCAAAUAAAAUAGCUUCGAGGUGGGUAAGCACAACCAGAAUUAUUCCGUACAUUAGGCGCAUCGGGUUAUAAGGCGCACUGUCGAGUUUUGAGAAAAUUAAAGAAUUUGAAGUGCGCCUUUAUAGUCCGAAAAAUACGGUAGUAAAGAGAAGAAGAAAGGAGAGUAAAUAUUUCAAUCCUAAUUUCUAGUAAUGCACAAUAGUAAUGGACUGCAACGUCAAAAUUCACGCGCUCAUGAACUAAGUACACGGAGUACACAGUCUACUUCCUUGAAGUAUUCCAUUUGAGACACAGACACUGCCAUUUUGCCAAUAUUAUUUAACUAAAAUAUGUAUUUUUUUAAUGGUUCAAACAUGUGAUCGACUUUAAAUUACGGCAUGUUAGAAAUAAAAAAAAAUCAUUAAUAUAACCAAUAUGUGAAAUAAUAGAAAUAUCUACAAUUAAUACUAAUAUCUCAAAUUAAGUAAGUAGUGAAUAUAUGUUGUGUUUUAGGUUCAAAUAUACAAACAUCUGUUGUUAACUGACAGUUGAAGAUGUUGCAUUAGGUGGUGGAAGCAUUGAAACAAGCUAAUUAAAUGUUUACACUCACACUUAACACAAUUUUUUAGAUGUGCAUUGUUUUUUCAGACAACUUUGGAACCUUAUUGAUGUAUAAAAAUAAAGUACCAAAAUAAAGACAAAGUAUUGCUCAGGUAUUCGCAUAUCAUUUAUAUGUUUAUUCGUGUCGGACUUUGUUUGUGCAUAUACAUAUACAUGCAGUUCUUUCUACAAAAAGUUUGAUUUGAUUAAUGGAAAUAAAUAAAUGCAUCACAUCAAUGGUUAUU